GAUGCUAAUGAUAUUCAACAAUACUUCUCCUCCGAACAACAACCAACACUUUGGCGCGCAAUACCUGCUAUGGAGGAGCUACAGAUGGCUUGGGAAUCAAAGAGGGAAAAUUUGCAGUUCACGCUGUACAAGGAGGCUAUCAAGCGGGGUCUUGCAAAGAUUGGAAAGUAUUAUGGCAAAUUUGACGACAAACCAGUCUACAUUCUUGCGCUUGUACUACACCCAUACUACAAACUCGCAUAUAUCACUAUGGCAUGGGGCGGUCCUGAAGAACAGGCGAAGGAACAAGCUGCCGGCAAUCCAAACACCAAGAAUUGGCACGACGAAGCACUCAAGGUAGUCAAAACAACUAUGGAGGAGUAUUGGACCGCGCAUAAAGCACUUGUAGACUCAGGAUGCGCCACUGCCAACACCAUCGAUGACGACUCAACAGUGUCGACUGUCAAAACCAUGGAGUCUGAAUAUGAUCACCAUCGCUGCAUGUUAGUUCAGCAGGCGGUCUACAAGCACAAUGCUGGAUGGGCAGCCGAGCUUCGUUGUUACCUCAAGGAUAUGCUGGACAAUGUUAGUAAAGAGACACAUUAUUCAGUGGUGGGCGGUGAGUCUAUCUAA